CUAAGCAGUGAGAAAGAAAACAGGGAGCUGCAUGCGGUUGUAGCUGGGGUUCGUAGUUGACUGGGUUUCAGUGGGAGCUGCUAGAGGACUUUUCCAGGCUACCGCAGCAGUCGUUUGUGGUGGCAAAGUGCUGAAGGUUGAAGGAGGGACCACAGAAUGGUAGGGUUAGAAGGGACCUCUACAGAUGACCUAGUUCCAGCCCCCAGCCAUUGACCCGAAAGCUUCAUGUGCUCUUCAGAGAGCAGUUCCCACGGGGCUGUCGGAGAUGUCAGAUGCUGUCUGUGGGGGUGGCAGGGAAAGGUCCUUCUGACUUUUUUCCUUCCUUCCAAGUUUACAAAUUCCUCAUAGCAAGUCAGCCGGUGCCAAAAAUCAGAAUUAGCUUUUCUUUUGUUGUCUGUCCUUUUGCGGGGCUAGCUUGGUCUGCACCUUGCUCUCGCAUGUUUUGGGGCAGCUGUGCUGAAAUGUGGCUUCCACAAGAAGCUGAGAGGUACAUGGGUCCCAAAACUGUCCCAUGCCUCUUACAACCCAUUCAACACGAUCCAUCCAGUGUUUCUUUCCCAUUGGUGUCUGAUCUCCAGCACAGAGAACGGUCCAAAGAAAUUGCAAAUCUCAGAAGAGCUUGAGAAUCCUGCCGCUGGGUUGUGGAUGGACUCCAAGACACUGGGGAAGGAGGGAAGCAAAAAAGCCUUAUGUGAAGAGGAUCCAUUGCAACUCAUUUUCUCUAGGGGGAAAAGAAAGAAAGAAAGAGGCAAAGAAAGAGGCAAACAAACAAACAGACGAACAAAACCUACAAAGAAAAACAGCAAAUGCCGACAGUCACCCAGGAGGAUUGGAGUCUCCCCAGGGAGCAGAGGAGGCAUCUCAGAGGGGCUGCAUGAAGCAAGGGCUGGAUGCGGCUGUGGUUUCAAGGGGCAGAGUGAGCCCUGAAUCUGCUAUUAAAUGAGGUGUGGUGGAAAAAAAAAAAAGUGUCAUUGAGGACUGGACAUUAUAGCAACACCAAGGCUUCCGAAAAGCAUCUCCACACAGGGGACAUCACCGUUGCCCUCUGUGUGGGGAAGUCACCGAGCUCUGGACCCCCAGUCUGGGAUGGCAGGGAGCAGAGCCCUGCUCCUCCUGGAAUGCCUGGCAGGUGCUUCCCAGUGGUGCUCAUCCCUUCUUCUUUUCCUCCUUGCAGCUCAAGUCCUCGGCCUUGCUGCCACAGAGAUGGCUCUGCUAACCAUGGACCCCCCCUGGAGCACGAUAUUCCGAGGAGAGAGUGUCACCCUGCGGUGCCGGGGUGCGCACCCCCAUGGGCAGCAGCCCACAACCUGGUACCACAACGACAAGAUCCUGGCGCGCACGGACACUGACACGUACAGGAUCACGAACGCCAGGCAGAAACAGACGGGCAGAUACAAGUGCCAGAGCCCCGGCUCCGUGUCCAGCAACCCCAUCACCUUGACCGUCUCCUAUGACUGGCUGAUCCUCCAGGUCCCGUCUCAUGUGGUGUUCGAGGGCGAGCCGCUGUGCAUGCAGUGCCGGGGAUGGGACCCGGGGAGCAUGACUUCAGUGCAGUAUUUCAGAGAUGGAGCAGACAUCACCACCCGCUACGCCUCGGCCAAGCAGCUCUGCAUCCCCCGGGCCGAGACCCACCAGAGCGGCAGGUAUCGCUGCAGGGGAGAGAUGAACUCCUUCUUGUCAGUAAUAAAAAGGGAAUCUCAAGAGUUACAUGUUUUUAUCAAAGAGCUCUUCUCCUCCCCGGUGCUGAGCGUGGCCAGCUCAGCGGAGACCCUUGAGGGAAGCCCCCUCAACCUGAGCUGUGUCACGCACCUCAGCCCCCACAGCCCCCACACCAUCCUCUGGUACCUCUUCUACCGAAACAGCACGGUCCUUCAAGGCCCCGAGACCUCCUCCAAGUACCAGGUGCCGACGGUGGGGCUGGCGGACACGGGCUCCUACUUCUGUGAGGUGCGGGCAGAGAACUCCAGCAUAUGGAAGCGGAGUGCCCAGGUCCCCGUUGCUGUCCGAAGAGUCCCCAUCUCAGGGGUGUCCCUGGACGUGCAGCCCCAUGAGGGGCAGGUGAUGGAGGGGCAGCGCCUGGUGCUGAGCUGCUCAGUGGCUGCAGGCACGGGGUCUAUCUCCUUUUCCUGGCACCGAGAGGGCUCUGCAGAGGUUUUGGGAAAGGGCACCCGUUAUGAGAUCCUGUCAGCCCAGCAAAACGACGAUGGACAGUAUUAUUGUAUGGCCUCCAACGGGGACGUCCCAGCACAGAGCCCGCGGCUGCAGGUCACGGUUGUGGGUGUCUCUUCACUCUUCUACUGCCAUAUCAGAGCGCCACUGCUGCUAGCAGCCUUGGGGUCCCUGCUGUGCGGGCUGGUUGCUGUCCAUGUCCUCACUGCAAGGGGCAAAGACCCGAAAGGGGUGAAACAGUGCGUGGGACUCCCCAAGAGACCAUCUGCACAUGCAUCAGAUGCACACCAGGAAAGAACGCUUGUGGGGCACCUCAAACCCACUGCUGGCCCCGCAAGGGCACCAUGGAAAUCAGGCAAAUGAGUGUCCCCGUGUCCCUUCCCCGCCCUGCACUGUCCCUCAGCGUAUAUUGCCAGAGAUGCUUCUGGUUUCCUGCAUGUGCUGCCCAAUAAAGCACUUGAGUGUGAAGAUUUA